AUUAUUAUUAUUAUAGCAACCAUUUUAAAUUUAGAUAGUGUGUGUAUGUGUGUGACAUACAUAAUGGACGUCCAAAAUCAUAUACACCAUCAUCAGCAGCAACAACAGGAUCUGGAUAGUCAUGAUAGGGACAGUCGUACGCUAUGUAGACGAUGGACAGUGUUUACACUGGCCAUUGUUGUUACGGCGGUAGUGGUCAUCGUUAUGAGCUUAACCGUAGUGGCCAUCAAUAACUUGAAAACCGAUGCCGAAAUUACCGAUAGUGUUAAGCAAUCAGCAAAAACAUUGAUAAUAACUGAAUGUGUUAUCGCAAUACUCGUCCAAUUGUUAGGUCUAACGGGUAGUUAUCGCCAACACUACGGUUUUACCCUAACCUACGGCCUGAUAAUGACCAUGAUUUCGGGUCUGGCAUUGGUAUCGGCCAUCCGAUACGGUUUGUCUGGUGAUUGGAUACUAACCGUACUGUUUAUCGUAACGGCAGUCAUAGCCAUGACCUAUGCCCGCGAUUUACGAUUGAGACGAUUGCUGGCACUGAAUAGUCGGACUACUAUUGUCUACAGUAGUGGUGACGGCACCGGUAGUGGUGGCGGUAAUGGUAUUAGCAAUGCUAAUGUUGUUUAUCAGGGACAACCAGUCUAUUUAUAUCCCGGUGCCAGUGGUGGUGGUCACCAGUCUAUCAAUGUUAAUACCCUACCCUCACAUACCAAUGUUAAAUGGUCGACCCCAGGAGGCCAGGUAGCCUAUUCACCUAACCUGCCCAACUAUUAUGCACCGGCACCGCCACCCUAUAUCCAAUCUAACGGUGCUGAAAAAUAAAUGUCCUAGUUACUAUUGAGUAAUUGAUUAUUUGCUAAAAAAUUAUUAUUAUUAUUAUUGAUUAUUUGAAA